AUGAAUCAAGAAGCGAUUCCCAACUGGGAUCUGUCCUCAGUGAAAGAUCAUGUGGACUCUACAGAGGCUUCCAGUUUUGAGAACGGUCAAAUGCUCAAAAGGACGCACAAACUACAAGGUGCCCUACAGAUGACAGAUAAGGAUGUGAAUGUGAAAAGGCGAACCCAGGAAGAUCCUGACUUAGGUAACCCGCGUAUUGAAGCUUCGGAUGUGCCAGAGAUAGACAGAAGAGAGGAGUCAUUCACAUCCUGGUCAGCAGAGACCAGAACUAAGAACCGGCCGGUUCAUGCAGUCAAAUUGGAAAACCUCUACUCUCCUGGCUAUUGCAAAGCCAGUGACAUGUCCCAUCAGAAGAUGGACGAUACAAUGAAGAAUUUCUUAGAAAGAAUCAACAUUGAUAUACCCAGAAAUCCAGAAAUUAUUGGUAAUGGCAAUCAUAUUUCUCAUCAACAUCACAUAGAUACUCUUAAAAUUUCAGAAACAGGUCCUUUUGGAUGGUUACCCAACACUGGUAGUAUACACUCACACCCAAUGACCAGCCAUUACUUACGGUCACUAAGCCACGCCCAGUCCAUCCACCCCGCCCUGUAUCCCAACUUUUACUCCGCCUUCAGAUACUCCCCAUUAUCCUUAUUUAUGUUGGAAAGAGCAUUAGCUAAGGAUGGACUGCCGAAAUCAUCUCUAACAUCACUUCCCCCUUCGGCAUUAUUCUUCCCGGAAACUUUCCGAACCCCCGCUGAAGCAUCUUCUCCCUUUUCACCUUUGCGAAAACAUAACAUACCACAUCAAGGAAUCCCUUUGCAUUCAGAACUACCGUACCGUACUUCCGAACUGACCAUCCUAUCUCCGACAUUCGACAAGUGUCCACAGAUAAACACCAUACCGUUUUCACUCCACAAACCAUCCUCUCUCUCGCCCUCCUCUCCUGCGAGUCUAACAUCUCCAUCAAGCACCAUUAGCAGCAGCAGCAGCAGCACCAACAGCGGCAGUGCCGGAAUCAACACCAGCAUCAGUAGAAACACACACAGCAAUAGCCAAACAAAUAUAAACGUUGCAAACUUCCACAACAAACACAAUCCGGGAUAUCACCAAAGCAAACGGAAAGACAGUAAAGAGACGGACCCAGUGAGAUUCAACUGCGAUGCCUGCAACAAAAGUUACAGCACCUUAAGCGGGCUCUGUAAGCACAGACAGUUCCACUGCAGCACCCACAUCAAGAAGGAGUUCUCCUGCAAACACUGCGACAAGACAUACAUAUCUCUGGGUGCCCUGAAGAUGCAUAUCCGAACCCACACCCUCCCAUGCAAGUGCCACGUCUGCGGGAAGGCCUUCUCCCGGCCUUGGUUACUUCAAGGUCACAUCCGGACGCACACGGGAGAGAAGCCAUUCAGAUGCAACCAUUGCGGGCGUGCGUUUGCGGACAGGUCCAACCUACGCGCCCACCUGCAGACGCACGCGGAUGUAAAACGGUACAGCUGUAAGAGGUGCAACAAAACCUUCUCCCGCAUGUCGCUCCUGACCAAGCAUGACGACGGUUGUUCCAGCUCCACUAUCUGA